CAACCACCCAUUUCAAAAUAUGUGGAACGAGGUGAUUGUGAUAUUCUUGAGCUCAGAUUCGAUGCACCUUUUUUGUGCCAUAUAACACGAUACUCCUAAUAAGUCUUAUUAAGUCAGAUCGACUUUUAAGAAAAUUACGCAGUUGAGCCCAUAAAAGAUCAAACAAAGAGUAGAAAGUACAAUGGCCACUCCAAAGAUACCAUUGCGGCAAGCUGCCAUUUCGGUACAAAGAUUUAAUGACGCUGUUCCCCACCACUUAAGUUUGCUAAAAAACCACCGAAGCAAUAUUGAGAAAAGCUUAGCGAUGGGUGAUUGGCAGAAAAUCAGGAAGGAGGAGCUCAAUGCCAUGCGCGUCAUCAAGCAGUUAAAGAACUUGAUGAUUGAAAUGGACACCCUGCGUAACAAGGUCGAGGACCGUGAGGGUUUUGAUGAAUUAAUGCGAGAUGGAAAGCAAAAGGCGUUUGAGGGCAUGAAGAAGGAGUUUGCAGAGCUACAGCUUAAGCUAAAGAAAGUAAAUUAUGACGACGAAGAGAACAAUGAACCCUCAUCCGAUGGAAGCAAUCAGCAUUGCAUGCUGCCGCCAUUGCAGACGAAUUUUCGAUUAGAGGAGCAUCAGCUAGCGCAGCGACAGGCCUGCUUGAAUGAGCUAGAGCAUUUACAGACCGAAAUGCAGGCUUUGAAUGGAUUGUUCCACGACAUACAAGGCCUGGUACACGAGCAGGCAGAAAGCGUAAAUAUUGUAGCAGACAAUGCAGAAGACGCGCUUGAAAACGUACAGAUAGGGGAAAGCAAUUUGCGGCGUGCUCUUACGUACAAAAAGGCAAUGUAUCCCAUUGUAGGCGCUCUCCUUGGAACUUGUGUUGGCGGACCAAUCGGACUAGUGGCAGGAAUAAAAGCUGGCGGUCUAGCUGCUAUCGGCUGCGGUGUACUUGGCUUCACAGGCGGCUCUGUCCUUAAGAGCAAUCCCACGGUAACGCAUGGCAACAUCGAAGAGCAGCUCGUGGGACAAGAGCAGGACUCUCCUAUGUCAGAAGGGUUGGAGCUAAAGGAAAAGCCAGAAUGACACACAGUGUGUGCCACUCUGGCCACCACGAAUUCAAUCAGCAUGCUAUCCAGAGCGCGAAGCUAUUGUUCCAUCCAGUAAUAGGCUGGAUACUCAUUUCCUCCCAUUUUGUGAUGUUAUGUGCAAUGAAUGAAAAAGCACUUUUAAUGCAUUUGACAUUACCGUUUAGUUUGGUUAUAUAUGUCUCCAUGUUUUUUCGUUGCCUACCAUAGUUAAAACUACUAGUUUACUCCUAAGCUAAGCUUUAAUCGAAUUGGCUUCUAGUUAAUAAGGCUUUAAUGCAAUAAACUCGGCGUUAACAUGACCAUAUCGUUAUAUGUAA